GAGUCUCAACCCUCCUGUCUAGCUUCCUCCCACCAUCAGCAAACAUCGUCCAGUCCUGUCAAACCGUUUUCUCUACACACAGCGCUGAGAACUGAGAGAGAAACAGUCUUCCAACAUGUCUAUCGCAGACCACAACGGAACAUGGAAGCAGAUUUCAGCAGAAAACUUUCUCCCUCUUCUGGACGUUAUCGGAGUGUCUGACGAAGUGAGAGGCAGGUUCAAGGCUAACGAUGCUGCCCUGGUGACGUCAGUGGCUGUGGAAGGAGACACGGUCACGUGGACCACCGGUACCCAAACCGGCAUCACCAUCUCCAAAAACACCUACAACUGGGGCCAGGAGUUCGAAGAGGCUUCGCUGGACGGCAAGAGGCGCAUGACCGUACACACAUACGAGGGCGGCUCCAAGAUCCUGACCGUUAUCCCCAACUUUGACGGCCAGGGCACGCCCAUGAACAUGACCCGAGAAGUCGUGGAUGGCAAGAAAGUCGUGAUCAUCUCUUUCAAGGGGAUCACCGCUAACCUGAUAUAUGAGAAGGUUUAGGAACAUUCCGAGCUCAGGGCACAGUCGGCUUCCAGCUCAGACAACGCCAGUAUUACGCAUGCAUAACAAAUAUAACACUCGUCACUAGCUAAAUAACGUGUAACUUGCUAUACUUUAUUGUGUCAACUCUAUGAAGCGCUCUUUAUAAGAUUAAGAUAGAUAUAAAUGUAUACUAUAGAUCUAUGUGGCCAAUUAUUCGUAACACUAUGUGUCAAGUACAGCUUCUAUACAUACAUCAUGUACCGUCACACUAGAGUACAAUAGAAACAUAUACUUCGACUGUUACAGAAACACAUCUGUGGUUAAAAAGUAAGGUGAACUAAAACGUCGGUAUGAUAACAGUAUUACAUACAAAUAGAUAACGUACUAGUUGUUUUAUUUUAUUUAUCGCCAUUAAAGAUAACGAAAAACAGGAAGU